CACUGCAGAAGCGCAAGAGAAUUUAAUUUUUGUUAAAUUCAAUUCAAUAACCGUAUUAUAGUACCAAUUACCGUACUCAACAAUAAUAUUUUAAAGUAAGAGUAAAAAAAGCCUAUUAUUUAGGCGAAUUCCAUAUCACGAUAUAUACAUAUCAAUUUGACAGAAAUAUCGAUAUAUUGAUAAUGUGAUAUAUUGUCAACCCUAAUUGCGACUUACUUCCAAUUGCAUUUCAAUUGCAAAAAACCUGCACUACCGGCUAGACGUUUUAUUUCCAGAAAGCGAACAUAAUAAACCCAGUGAAAAUGCUACGAAGCGUCUUCUGCAUGCGCCUCAGCACCUAUGGAAUGGUGAUUGGUUGGCUGGGAGCGAUCUUCUCCUUCCUGGCCACCAUUAUCCUGGCCAUUGCCCUGGGAUUCUCGAAGCAGAUCGCCGAGGAGAUCGUCAAGCAACAAACCGAUCAAACGGAUAUGACAGUGGACCAAGUUCAUUCCGUGCUUGUGGCUAUUUUGAGCGUUUAUUUGGCCUUCAAAGUGAUUAACCUGCUGGCUUCGGUCAUGUUGGUUGUUGGAACUGUAAAGGAACGCCAUCUUUUACUGCUGCCCUGGCUGAUCAACAACGGGGCUCUCCUGGCCUUCGCCGUAGUCGCCCACAUUGGAUUGUGGGUCUCGGUGAUCGCUGCCAAGCCUCCCUUCUUCGAUGCGCUGCCCGUGAUCCUUCUAUCGGUGGCUCUGUUCGUUCUCGGAUGGUAUUUGUACUAUGGAAUCUACUCGCUUUUCAAGCAAAUUCAGGCUUCCAGCGAAAUUCAGCGCCCACUGAUCCCCCCGCAGCCCCCACAGCAGGGCAACUCUUACCCCAGCUACACCAAGAUCUAAAAUAUCUGGCCAUUAAAAAAAACAAAAUUUAUCGAAUCUUCCCGAAUAUUAACUAUUUUAUGUAAUCCUCUAAAUCCUCUAAACUAAAACCCAAUAUAUUGAGGAGUUAAAUACUUGAUUCGUGUAUAAGGAACAUAUUUCCAAAACGAAAAUAACAUUAUUUUCGAUCUAUACUUAUUACUUACAUAUAUAUAAACUUAUUCGGCGCCCUUUGAAAAAUAUAUUUUGUCGACAUUCACACAA